UCCAUCCUGAUGUUCAACAGAACACCAUUUUUAAAACCUUACAACGCACUUCUGAAAAUCUGUAGCGGGCUGAAGGACACUCCAGCAAGGACAACUGAAGGAAUUUACGUGUUGAAGAGAUCAGUAUACUGAAAGACACCAGAUAUCAUGUCAAAUUCAAGCGAAAAACUGAACCAACUUUCUUACACUGACCUGCACUGCUAUCUCUUCGCCAAGGCUCCUGUUCGACCAAUAAAAAUCGACGAACUGAAGCAAAAGGUUAUUGAGUAUCGCAACAUUAAAGGGAGAAACACAAUUCAGAAAUAUCCCAACAUGCUGCUUGACUUAAUCAAAAAGAAUUUACCGGAUGGCAUCACCGAGGAUAAUACGAGAUUAUCCCGAGCACUGGAAUCAUUUCCGAGAGAAGUUCAGUUGUGUACUUCUAGUGUCCCUUGUGUGGUGUACGGAGUGUGCGCAAGACAGUAUAUUCCUAUUGGUACUUGGAUUGGCCCAUAUGAAGGACGACAAUGUCAUCUCAAUUCAGUUGAUUUGACUGCUGAGGAGAACAUUUACAUGUGGGAGAUUUAUCAAGACGGCCGAUUGGCGUACUAUCUGGAUGGUAGCAACGAGGAGACAUCAAGCUGGAUGCGAUUUAUUGCUUGUGCCCGUAACAAUAGCGAACAAAACCUUUAUGCUUUUCAAUACUGUGGAAACAUAUACUACAGGGCAUUUAAAGAAAUACCACCGGGUACAGAACUCCUGGUAUGGUACGACGAUAUAUACCCACAAAACCUUGGGAUCCCACUAAAGAUUAAUGACCUGGGCUACAUGGAGACUGAUGAUAUCAACGCUGCCAUUCCCGCACGUUCUUCAGACUUAGCUCCAAUUAACUUGCCUGAAGAUAGUCAAUUUGCUCUCAAUGGAGAUGGCUGGCUGGAAACUACAAAGAGCCUCUUAUCUCGCUCCACAAUUGUCCAAUCAGUACUGCCUGCAUUGUCACGUGAGAAAUCUCGAGAGAAAUGUUUUCUUCCGGAGUCCUUGAGAGAGUUCCCUGAUGCCAAACAGAGACAUGCAAAGUCGUUUUUAGAUCGGUACAAAGAUCGUCAAAAUGAUGAGCGAAGUAAAGAGGCCUUUGACAUAUGUCGAGACGAUGAAUCAGGGAUGAGUUCGUUUCGAUGUGGACAAUGUGAAAAAACCUUUCCACAAAGAUCUAUCCUGCAGUUACAUAUCUGCACCCGAACGCCGAACAAACCUUUUGAAUGUAGUUUCUGUGGAAACGCAUUUGCAAAUCCGAACGAUCUUCGUGCACACUCAUCGAUACAUUCCAACGAGAAGCCUUUUAAGUGUGGCUACUGCUCACGUGCAUUUUCUGGAGCAACGACGUUAAAUAACCAUAUAAGGACACAUACAGGAGAGAAACCUUUUAACUGUCAAAAAUGCGGUAAAACCUUUUCACAAGGUGCGCAGUUAAGUCGACAUCAACGUAUUGAGUGUAUAAACAAAACGGUUUCGACUUGGAAUUAAUUACCCUCGCGGUGUACUGCACGUGACCAAAAUACGUCAUAAUGUAUGACCGAAAGGUACUGUGUGUAAUAGUGUUAAUCAUGAUGUUCUCGAUCAGACAAAGAAACUCGAUCACCUCGUAAUCGUAGGUUUAAUACAGAUAGAUAUUAUCCUAAGGUCAAUUAAUACGACGGAUUUUUACUCUGACAAGCUACUAAUUCAAUUAAAAAAGUUCUUCACUUUUUCCCUAGAAUAACGUGAUAUAAAACUUCGAUAUCACUUUAAAUCUUCAUUAAUGACAGUCAGCCUCAGUUGAUAUUGUUAAAGCGCUAUUAUUCGAAUCAGACAAGCUUAAUUUGUUUUAUCAACGUAACUUAUAUUUGUAUAUCUUGAAUGCCGCAACCUGCAUGCACUUGAUUACCAUAACUAGCUGUCCAGUUCUCCUCAGAAAGAGUUCGUUGUAAUUUUUCAUCGAUUCUUUUACGCUGCAGUUUUUAAAAGAGAUGUUAUAAGCGCAAUCAAAUCAUAAAAACAGUGCUUUUGCUAGGUAUAUUUAGCACUAUGUGGCGCGUAAGUAAAGUGGCUUCACUCCCACUUCACUGCUUGUAAUUGCAAAGUCAUUUUUGGAACAUUUGUUAAACAUUUCUUUUAUUUCAUGUCACUUGUUCUUGUGUUUUCUUUGUUUUUUUUG